AGAGAGACAGAGAGAGAAAGCAAGCAAGAGAUCAGAGUCCCGGGAAAGUCCUACCGCGCCUCGGGCAAUUAUAAAAAUGUGACCCCUGGCUUGGCCUCCCAACCACCACCCUCACCUGCCGCGUGCACCCGUCUGCAUCCAGCUGCCGGCUCGGUUCCGCGUCCCCGCCGCUCCCUCAGCAUGUGCCCGCUUCGCAGCCUCCUCCUCCUGUCCACCCUGGUCUUCCUCCACCACCUGCCCCACCUCAGUUUGGGCAGGAGCCUCCCCCCGACCACAGCAGGCCCAGGAAGGAGUUGCCUCAACUACUCCCAAAACCUGCUGAGGGCCGUCAGCGACACGCUGCAGAAGGCCAGACAAACCCUAGAAUUUUACUCCUGCACUUCUGAGGAGAUCGAUCAUGAAGAUAUCACCAAAGAUAAAACCAGCACAGUGGAGGCCUGUUUACCCCUGGAAUUAGCCACGAAUGAGAGUUGCCUGGUUUCCAGAGAGACAUCUUUAAUAACUCAUGGGAGUUGUCUGGCUUCUGGAAAGACCUCUUUUAUGACAACCCUGUGCCUUAAAAGUAUCUACGAGGACUUGAAGAUGUACCACAUGGAGUUCCAGGCCAUGAAUGCAAAGCUUCUGAUGGAUCCUAAGAGGCAGAUCUUUCUAGACCAGAACAUGCUGGCAGCUAUUGCUGAGCUGAUGCAGGCCCUGAAUUUCAACAGUGAGACUGUGCCACAGAAACCCUCCCUGGAAGAAAUGGAUUUUUACAAGACAAAAGUCAAGCUCUGCAUCCUUCUUCAUGCCUUCAGAAUUCGUGCGGUGACCAUCGACAGAAUGAUGAGCUAUCUGAGUUCUUCCUAGAAUGCUGAGGUCUCUCCUAACCUUAAAAUCAUUUUUAGAAAAAUUGGAACCAAAGAGAUUGUAAUCGGGCAUGGGUUAAGAACUGGGGAGGGGGUGGCUGGACCUGUCCCUACUGAAGCUGGUACAGAAUUCUCAUGCUUGUUUCCAUGAGUCAUCUUUCCAGACUUGCAGAAUGUGACUGUUCUAUCCACAUGAUUCUUUUGAUCAAGUCUAUUUCAUAUUUACUAGGGAUAAGUUAUUUUUAUAAGUUUUCAUGAGAAAAUUGAUGAGGGAAAAUGUCCUCACAGAACGUGUUUUCUUUUUUUUCCCUUUAAAAGAAGA